AUGGGUUGGCUCGCCGCUGGAUGUUACACUCUCAUAGCAGGAUAUGCCCUCUAUCGAAUCUUGCUGAAACAGGACGCCCGAGAACCCUUAGAACUCCCUGCAAAUUCGCAACAUGAAUCCAUGGUCGCGCCGCUUGUCGAAGAGGUGAAAGGGGCCUCACCUGUACCAGAGGUACCAGAGAUCCUUUGCGUGGAAGCUUCUCAACCACAAGACGAUGGACCACCUGAGGAAAUGGCCGACAACAGAAUAACCAAGACUGGAGCAAUGCCUCCUCCUCCGCCGCCGCCACCAUCCAAGCCGGCGAGACCGUCAAGCCCGCCUCGUCUCAAGCCUCCAACUGUUGGUAGGUCACCUGCGCCACCUCGACCCGCCAAUGGAUUUAUCCGACCUCCUCCCUCAGCAGCCGCCUCGCUCCGUGUCCCCCCUAUCAAGCCUCCCCCGAAUGCCUCCUUCGCCCCAACUUCCUCCAUCAUGCCGCCUGGCAAGCAAGUCUCGCGGAAAGUGAUCCUUGAACCGGGUCACUCUCCCCUCGAUUGGGCGGCUCUCACAUCCAAUCCCAACAGCCACCUUCGAGGCAACGAUGCACCGGGGGAAAGCUUGAUUCGGGUCACGCCAGCCCAACUCAAGCGGCAGAAUGGAAGAAAGGGGAGAGAUGCCUGGACAGUGUACCAAGGCAAAGUGUACAACAUCACACCCUACAUCCCUUUCCACCCCGGCGGGGCGGGUGAGAUCAUGAGGGGCGCGGGGAGGGAUUCUGUCAAGUUGUUCAUUGAGGUUCACCCCUGGGUCAAUUGGGACGCCAUGUUGAGCGAGUGUCUGGUUGGAAUACUUGUCGGCGAGGACGACGGAGCAGGUGGCAAUGGCGGGGGUUUAGACGAUAUGGAUUGA